UUGGUCUUACUUCCUUUCGCCCUUUUUUACAAAUUCCAUUUUAUUGUAGAGGCUGGAUUUAUUUCUGCUUUUAUACUAUCACUCGUAAAGAUUUCAGGCUAUGGUUGCUUAUGGAGGAGAUGAAGUCAAUGCCCUUGUGCUUGACGUUGGAUCGACAACGGUACGAGCCGGUUACGCAGGUGAAGAUGUACCUCGCGUUACCAUUCCCACAAGAUUUGGAUAUGUGGAUACAGAUAGUCUUCCCGACCAUCAGGCAGGGAAAGCAGUUGAUAGCGAUAUUGUUAUGGAAAAUAUAGAGGAUGAACAAAUGUCUGAAGAUCGGCAGCAACAAGAAGGUCAGCAAUCUCCUUGCAUACGACCAGCAACAAAAAAGAGACAAUAUUACAUUGGUGAUAACAAAAUAAAUAGAUUCAAGGGCAAUAUGGAAAUCAAAAGCCCUCUUAAAGAUGGAAUUGUGGAGGAUUGGGACGCUAUGGAGCAAAUCUGGGAGACUAUUUUCAAAGAUAUGCUGCGUAUUGAUCCAGAAGAACAUCCAUUAUUAUGUACAGAGCCAGCUUGGAACACGAAAGAGAACAGAGAAAAGAUCACCCAACUUGCUUUUGAAAAAUUCCAAUUUCCAGCAUUUUACUUAGCACAGGAUGCAGUUAUGACAGCAUUUUCUGCUGGUAGAGCAACAGCACUUGUCUUGGAUUCUGGUGGAAGUAUGACAAGUGCAGUACCUGUCUACGACGGGUUUGUAUUGAACAAGGGAAUCCUAUAUCAGCCAUUAGCGGGAGAUACGUUGACAGAACAGAUUAAGAAGCAGCUCAAACUUGAUCUAAAUUAUGAUACCACGGCACAAUACAAGAUAGCGAAAAAGAAACCAGUGGAAGCGGAUCAAAAACCCGAUAUAACUUUACGUCAAUUCAAAGAAGACGAACAGCCAACAGAAAGUUUUGAUGAUUACCAAGUUCAGAGAAUCCUCAACGAAUACAAAGAAACUGUAGGCCAAAUAUCAGACGUAACGUUUGACGAAGGAUUACUAUCAGCCAAACCAGUAAAAUCUUUCGAAUUUCCAGAUGGAUAUAAUCAUUCUUUUGGCAUCGAAAGAUACAAAAUUCCUGAGAUGCUUUUCCAACCAGAUAUUCUAGACAAAAAGGAAGGUAAUGAAGAUGACGAGGGGGAUGUUGAGAUGAAGUUGGAGGACGAUGAACAAGCUACAAUGACGACAGGGACAACAACAGUUCCAAAAAAGAAAUUAUUAGGUGUACACGAAUUGAUUUACAACAGCAUUAAUAAUUGUGAUAUUGAUCUUCGUCCACUUUUGUUCAAUAAUGUGGUUGUUACUGGUGGAAAUACACUAUUCAACGGAUUUAAUGAGAGAUUGAAUUUUGAAUUACCUUUGAAAGCUCCUGGGAGCAAAAUUAAGAUUCACGCCUCUGGCAAUACAAUAGAGCGCAAAAGUAGUAGUUGGCUAGGUGGUUCUAUUUUAGCAUCUUUGGGUACUUUUCAUCAAUUGUGGAUAUCUAGGAAGGAGUAUGAUGAAUUUGGACCAUCUAUUAUUCAUAGAAAAUGUUAAGCUCAGUAUAAUAUAGUCAUUCGAGUAUAUUUCAAGCAGAAAGUUGAAUAUUUAUUUGUUAGGUGUCAUUAGCUGGUAUAGUUAAAAUUUCAUUAAAUAAAACAUAUCUGAAGAAGAGACAUACAGCGUUCAAAAAAUUCAAAGC